AUGGUGGGUUUUCCGCGUAGUCUCGCUGCGGAUGGAGCUGUAAAGGAGGAUAAGGAGGACCCCAGACCCUCAGUUUCAGCAGGCAUUUGUAACCCGGAGCUCGAGGAGGUUCCGUCAUCUUUCACCGAUUGUUUUCUCGAUCUUGACGCCAUCGCCGAGUGGUUCUUGGAAGGGAAUCCAGAGCUCUCCGGCGACCCGGGUAUGGCCGAUUCGGGAACCGGCCCGAUUGAAUUUGGGUCGUGCAUCGGCGAGAUAGGAAAUCCCGAGGACUGUCUCAAAGCGGAUGGUCAUGACAUUUUACAGAAAUGUGAAGAAAAUGGAUUUCCCGAGAAAGGUGUCGAAACGGGCCGAGAGGGUUUUUUGGGGGUUGACGGGCUGGGUGAGGAAUUGGGGGUUUUGAUUGAGGAACAGCUUGGGAAAGUGAGUCUGGGUGAGUCGAAUCGAGUGAAUGGUGGCGAAAAGGCUAAGCUUCAAAAUGAGGAGGCUGUGAGUGAUGACGGUGGUAGUGACUCGUCUUCUAGUAGCAGUGAUGACGAGGACAGUGGUAAGGAGAAAGUUGAGGUUCGGCUCCCAAUAGAAGAAUCCGAGAUUGUGUUGUCUGAUGAUGUGGACAAGAUGGUCGGUUGGAGUGAUAAUGAGGAUGAUGUGUCUGAACCAAUCAUGUCCAAGAACGAGCUAAAGGUUCUCCCUCCAGUUCCUCCCGUCAAUGUGGCCCUUCAACCGCAUCAUGAAACCCUUCCAGUUGGCGUAAUUUUGUCGAUAAUUGGUGCUCAAGUGAUUGUGGAAGGUGUCGAAAAGCACAAUCCACUCAACGAGGGCUCGGUCCUUUGGGUCACUGAAAGCCGAUCACCUCUCGGCAUAGUCGAUGAGAUAUUCGGGCCUGUCAAGAACCCUUACUACAUUGUGAGGUACAAUUCGGAGAGCGAAGUCCCAGCUGGAAUCGAGCAGGGCACUUUGGUCUCUUUCGUCGAGGAGUUUGCAAGCCACGUCCUGAACGACAAGAGUCUAUACCAAAAAGGGUAUGAUGCGUCCGGAGAGAAUGACGAGGAGCUUUCGGACGAGCUGGAAUUUUCGGAUGACGAGAAGGAGGCCGAGUACCGGAGGAUGCUGAAGAUGAAGAAAAGGGGAACGGGUAACGAACCGAAGACCGCGAACAAAAGAAAGGAAAAAAGGCGGGAAAAGAAGCUAAACGGGAACUGGAAGAACCAUAACCGAGAGGACCCUCAACCAAAAACUCCGCAAAGUGGCGAAAUUGUUCCACCUGCUCGAGACGAGCAUUUACUUGGGUUGAAUCGAGAAAUUUUUUCACGCCAUUCGGCCCCAAAUCAUGGUAAUCAAGCUGUAGCGCCUCGAUUUCAAUCUCAGGGGCUCGGUUUUGGCCCUCCCCAUGGAAAUUGGAAUAAUAACAAUAGGUUUCCACAUCAACAACAGGGACAAAAUGUGCUGCCGGGCAAUGGGGAUGUGAUCUGGAUGCAACAAAACGUGCCAUUUCAGUUUUUUCACACACCUCUACAGGCCAACAUGGCUUUCCAGCAGCAAAUGGGCCCGAUUCCCAUUAACGGGCUGAACGGACAAACAAAUUUGGUUGGGAGUCCAAUGCUUGCCCCGCCACCCUGGCCCGUUGCAAGCAUGGGUCAGAAUGUGUUGAAUCCGGCCCAAUUUGGAAUGGGUUUGCACGGCCAGCAGGCAGCUGGACCUUUGAACGGCAGAGGACAAAUUGGUGGUCAGCUUCAUGGACCACAAAACGGUCAAAAUCAACAGCUAUCAAACGAGAGAUCGAAUUCCGGUCAAUUCCGUGGUGGUGGUGGUGGUGGUGGUGGUGGAAGAGGGCGGCAAAGAGGUGGCCGUGGCCGGUUUGGUGGCGGGAGGGGGAGGUUCCAGAGCCCCCAAAAUGGUUAA